AUGAGCACUGCGGCGGAACCAGCCUUAUCCGACCUCCCAGAGGUGGCGCCUUCCCGCCUUCCCCACGAGGGCCUUCAGCCUGUACAUCCAGACAGAGCGACUAUUUCCCCGCUAAACUCGAACAUCGACACCGGAAAAAUACGCGCUGAAGGCGAGGAAGAGAGGCCCCGUCGUCGUAAGAUAUGCGGAUGCGCGCCUAAGACAUUCUGGAUCAUAAGUACUAUUGUUGCAGUGGUGGUGAUUGGGGCAGCAGUGGGCGGAGGAAUAGGAGGAGCCCUCAGGCACAAGAAGGAGGAGCCAUCCGCAGCGCAAUCGGUGUCCACGAGCUCUGGGUCAUCGCCUUCCACGAACCUAAUCACCGCGUCUUCGGACUCAAUCAUCGCUUCAGUGACCAUUACUGAGGUUCCCGGUCCUACAACUACCCUACUCAGCGACUGUCCUUCUUCGAACAACACUGUCUACAACAUCUCAUAUGGAUCCUCGAAGCCUAUGUCUUUCCUGAAAAUUUGCGGCAAGAGCUAUCUCAACAGCAUAUAUGGCACCGGCGUGAACAGCGUGAAUCAGCAGACACAGUCCCUCAACGACUGCAUACAGCUGUGUGCGGCGUUCAAUACCAAGAACAAGACGGAGAUCGCAGAUGGCACGAGUAGCCCAUGCAAUGCUGUGUGUUGGAGGAAUACAUUUAAGAACAAUGAUUUCCCUGGCCAGUGCUUUAGAUACUUGACACAGAAAUCUUCGAAUGAAUUUAUUAUCAGAGAUGAAAGAAAUUGUGACUCGGCGGCAUGGAUCAACCAAUAG